GCUGACGAAGGUCCUGGACGCCCUCCUGCCACAGGCCCUCCCGGACGCGGACUUCCACGACGACCUCCCUACACAGGACUCCCCCCACAGCACCUCCUCCAGCACCACGUCCCCCGCCACGGAGGCUUCGGAGGCGGCGUCUGCAGAAGGCACCGCAGGAGGAGGGAGGGCAGAUCCGAAGGAGGAGGAAGGAGAGGAGUCCCUGACGCUCCUCCAUAGGAUCUUUGACGCCGUUCCCUCCGUCCAGCUGCCCAAGAGCGGGGGUGGCGUGUUCCUGAGGGCACAGCAGGUGGUGGAGGCAUGUCAGCAGCAGCCCGGGGUCCUCGCUGGGGCCACCAUGCAUAAAGACAGGGUACUUAGUUCACAGUUGAACACAGAAUUAUCACACAUAUUGGCAGCGCUUCCGUUACAUAAACAAAAGGGCGAAGUGCUGGAGGAGCGGGCAGUGGAGUAUCGCCUGCCCAAUGGGGUUCAGCUCCUGAAGUUCCACGUGCCCAAGGAGACCCAUUCCGCUCUCCGUGCUGAUGUGCCCAAGUCGAUGUCCCGCCGUGGAGAGCGAGGUCUGCAUGGAGAGGCGUCCUCGAUGGACCUGUCUUCCUUCCGCUCCGUCCUCCACGCCCGCCAGUCCCUCCAUUCCUACCCCUCCACAAUACCAACCUCCGCAGAAGGAGCCCUUGAUGAUAGAUAUGCAAGCCCCAACGAAUCACAGCUGCAUCGCCUCCAGCAGCAACCACCUCUGCGAGGCCCGAGUCUCAUGGCAAGGAUCAGUGGCUGCAGCGACCUCGCGGACACCCGGCCCUCGCAGAGCCUGCCGGGGUCGCCGAGGAAGAUCCGGGUCGCCGCGACGCUGCCGGACGUCGGGAGCAACUCGCCCGACCUGCGUUACAAGGUGCUCACGGGCCGGAAGCCGCGCCCGCCCGCCUCCACCCACUCCACGCCCCGCAAGAUGCCCGGCGGCAGGAGCGCCAACGGCCUCAACCCCGCCUCCAAGCGCGGCCUGGGCCUCAACCCCCCGAGCUUAUCGAGGUCGAGCCACGAGAAGAAGGGCGUCCCCAACAACAAGCUGACCAACAGCGCGGCCGACGGCUCCAAGCUCAAGAACGGCAACGUGUCCCUGGGCUACGAUUCGGAAAAGAGUGAGAGCGGCUUCGAGGACGGGGUCCAGUCGGACAGUGAACUGAACAUCAAAAACACAAAGAACAAACUGAACUUGCAAUUCGCCCCCGACAAGAUCAACAGACCCAGCCACGAGAUCGAGCUGGAGAGACUGGGUAACGACGAGCCCAAGAUAACCCGAGAGAUCAACGGGAACCUCUCGAAAGACAGCGAUUCCAGUGGCAAAGAGAGCCCCACUGAUAACAUGACCAGCCUGAGGGCACAAAUGCUAGACUUCAGGGAUGAAUCGGACACUUCAAAGAGUGAAGAGUCUGAAAUCAGUGUCUUAGAUCUUAAUACAUACAUUGAGACCAAAGAAAAUGGAGAUCGCCAAUUAGCCGAGGCUGUUAAGGGCUUGAUGGAACUGACUACAAGGUCUGAUGACGAUGAUAAUUACACAAAUGAAAGUCAGUCAACAGAGAAUCAUCUCACAGAGUCAGGUCAACAUGAUAUGGAUGGUGCAGCGGAAGGUUGGGAUAUUUUGACACUCUAUACGCAGAAGUUGUCAGACUCAAUGCUACACCUCUUUUUAUCGCCCAAGGCAGCAAACAACCCUCAGCUCAUCUAUACUCUGUGGCGCCUUGGACUGACGGGUUUGGAGGACAUACAAGCUGCAGUGGAGCGAGCAUUAGAGCUGUCUGAGGCUGGGGACGGAGGUGACGCUUUUGUUCAGUGGUCAUACAAUGUGAUUUCAGCUGUCACUCCAUCAGGGCUUGACAACCAGCUGUUGAGUCUUGCCCAUCAUGACUUCAGACAUCAUCGAGGGCUUAUGGAGGUUACCCUAAGAAGUGAUGAAGCAGUCCUCUGGGGCCACCGCCACAGCAACACUCAGACUUUCUACCAGGUGAAUGCAACACCUCGACCAGGUCUCCCAAUCCCCUCAGACAUCAUGGCCAAAGUUCCCCAUCGAGCUCGGCGCCGCCUUGAACGUGACCACAACAUCACUCUCCUAUAAGCUGACCAAGAUACUGCAAGAGGGAAAUGACACACAUUGCACAUUAUGAAAGCCAGACCAAAGAGACAUUCCUAUUUGCAUAUGUGCUGUAGCCGAUGAUAGCUUUUCAUAUGUAAGUGAUAAAAUCAGAAAUUAUUAGCCUUUGAUGUCUUCAGUUACACACAGAUCUUAAUGGCCAGUAUGCCUUUCUGUGAAAGUUUUGGGUCCUCACGACCUCAGCGUAUUACCUUUGGAUUUGACUCCCAAAAUCAAAGGCUGACAAUGGCUGGUUGCAUCAUACCCUCGAGCUUCACUUGUUUCCAGCAAAGAAUUGAACCCGUCCUUUAUGUCGGCUAUAGACAGACAGACCUUUAGAUAAGCAGCCUCUCCCUUUGUCUCCUCUUCAUUAAUGACUGCCAAGAGUAUAUAUCAUCACAUGAAUGUUGAGAGGCAUAUAGAAAAGAUAUAUAAAUGCUAGAUAUCAACCAACCAAUAUUGUAUUGAUCAUAUCUUUUGCAAUGCUAGUCAUUGGGAUAAAGGGAGUUCAAAGCUUGGAAUAGUAUGUGUUUGCAUAUGAAUGUAUGGGUUUAUGCUUUUGUGUGUGUG